AUGGAAAACUUGAUGACUAGUUCUACUUUGCCGCCCCUUUUUGCAGAUGAAGAUGGCUCCAAGGAGAGUAAUGAUAUGGCUGCAACUGGGUUAACACACCCCGAGGGUCCGUAUGGCAGUGCAGCCACAUCGUCCACCAACAACCCAGAAUUUGUGGAGGAUCUCUCUCAGGGCCAGCUGCUUCAGAGUGAGUCUUCCAAUGCUGCUGAAGGCGGUGAGCAAAGGCAUGAAGAUGAGCAAAGAAGUAAACGAGGAGGUUGGUCCAAAGGGAGAAAAAGGAAGAAACCUCUUCGAGACAGCAAUGCACCCAAAUCCCCCCUUACAGGAUAUGUUCGCUUCAUGAACGAGCGUAGAGAACAGCUUCGAGCGAAGAGACCAGAGGUCCCAUUUCCAGAGAUCACCAGGAUGCUGGGCAAUGAGUGGAGUAAACUGCCUCCCGAGGAGAAACAGCGCUACCUUGAUGAAGCAGACAGAGAUAAGGAGCGUUACAUGAAGGAGCUGGAGCAGUAUCAGAAGACCGAGGCCUACAAGGUCUUCAGUAGGAAAACCCAGGACCGCCAGAAGGGCAAAGCGCAUAGGCAAGAUGCAGCCCGACAGGCCACUCAUGAUCAUGAGAAAGAAGCAGAGGUAAAGGAACGCUCUGUUUUUGACAUUCCUAUAUUUACAGAAGAAUUCCUGAACCACAGCAAAGCUCGUGAGGCAGAGCUCCGGCAGCUUCGUAAAUCCAACAUGGAGUUUGAAGAAAGGAAUGCAGCCCUACAAAAGCACGUGGAGAGCAUGCGCACAGCGGUGGAGAAGCUGGAGGUGGAUGUGAUCCAGGAGCGGAGCCGAAACACUGUCCUUCAGCAGCACCUAGAGACCCUGCGGCAGAUGUUGACCAGCAGCUUUGCCAGCAUGCCGCUGCCUGGAAGUGGAGAAAUACCAACCGUGGACACCAUUGACUCGUACAUGAACAGACUGCACAGUAUAAUUUCAGCUAAUCCCCAAGACAACGAAAACUUCAUAGCUACAGUCCGAGAGGUUGUGGGCAGGCUUGAUCGCUAAGCACUGGUGAGUGAGUGCACACUGGUAGGAUAGUGCCACCCCCCACCCCAUCUUCACAAGUGGGUGUCCUCAGACCAUCAGGACUGCUGGGACCUGGAAGUGCACUGCACUGAGUAACUAAAGUGGCGGCCUGACCUCCAUUCCUCUUAUGUAAUUGCUAGAAGUCUUUCUCAGUAAUAUUAAAAAACAGACUCAGGGUGGCUUCUCAUACAUGUUUC